CUUGUCUGCAACAUUUUCUGACAGUGUUUAUGUGUGUAAGCUCGUCGGACUCAAUAUUUGCUGGGGGAUAAAACCCCAAAACAUUUAGGCAAAUUGUUUCACCAUUCAUUGCCUGAAAUGAUACAAACAAGUGCAUGGAGUACAGUGCUUUUGGUAUGAAUUUGAUACGUUGCAGGAGGUUAUUUGACAGCCAAAUACGUCAAGUCUAAAAAAAGAAAAAGGGUUUUUUUCAGUUCCUGUUUUCGUUCUGACGACACAAACUGACAAUUGUUAUGUAAGCUGAGCUACACUCUUGCUGAUAGAAAACAAGAUCAUUAUGAAAAGCCGAGUAUUAGUACGGAGAUUAACUGUUGCCUGGCUGUGUUGCCUUUUGUCUUGUGGUGGUUCUGGUGCUGAGCAAAUUCUCAAAGAUGAAGGUGGUAAUAAUGGAGAGCCGGUACUGAACAGCGAGGUAAAAGAUAACCAGCAUCCUGGAGCGAUGCAGCCAGGGUCAGCAACCCAGCAACCCAAGCAUCAACAGGAGAUUUAUAGAACAGGGGAGAGUGCCCCCAGGAACCCUGCUAGCAACCAAGCAGAUGUUAGCGGAAAUAUUAAUGAACCUGUUACAAGAAAUUUAAACCAGGAAACUGUGAAUGUAGAAAGAACUACCAAUAUCAACCAUCAACAGAAGCCCCAAGAAAAUGUGCUUCAACAGGGCAAUGUCAACCACCCUUCUCAUCAAGUACACCAACACCAGUCUGGUUCCCAAACUCCACAGCAACAAACAAGGACUCCACAGGAAACGUUGCACACCCAGCAGCAGCAGCAGCAAGGUGAGGUGGAUCAAAGAGUAGCAGCAUCACAGCAGGCUUCCCAAGUCCCAUCAAACUUACCACCAACAGAGAAUGUUCACUCUUCCAAUGAACCAGCUCAGUCGAACAACCAACAGGUUAGGACAGAUCUGCAAUCUGACGACCCAUCCACCCAAACUGUGCAAUCUGACUCACAGAGGAGCAGUAAUUCACAACAGGAUAUCUUGGACCCAGAGACAAUUAAACAGCUUAAAGAUGAAUCUGAGGAAAAGCUAAGACAGCUUCAGCUUAAGCUCAAACAACAGCAAAUAUUGAACCACCAAAAACAACAACAGCAACAGCAACAACAUCAGCAACAUGCUCACCAUCAACAACAGCAUGCACACCAUCCUCAACAGUCUCAACAACCUAUUGCACAGCAGCAGCAGCAACCACCACAAGGACAACCACCAAAUCAACAGCAGCAAAUGCCACAGACACAACAUGUUGUACCACCGCAGCAACAUCAAAAUCAUCAGCAGCAACAAGUGCAGCAGCAACAAGCACAGCAACAAGUGCAGCAGCAACAAGCACAGCAACAAGCACAGCAACAAGCACAGGAACAAGCACUGCAGCAACUUCGUCAGCAGCGACAGGCACAGCAACAGACUCAGCAGCAACAUCGUCAGCAGCAACAAGCACAGCAGCAAGCACAGCAACAAGCACAGCAGCAAGCACAGCAGCAAGCACAGCAGCAAGCACAGCAGCAACACACUUUCCAACAGCAGCAACAAGGGCUUCAUCACCCUCCACAGCAACAAGGGCAAGCACAGAACCAACAGCAGCAGCCCAAUCAACACCAAGUUCCACAACAGCAACCACCACCAGUUCAACAACAGCUGGAUCCAGUUUUACAACAGCAGUAUCAGCAGCAACAACAACAAGCACAGCAACUUCAAAGGCAGCAACAACAGCAGCAAGGAGUUCCACAGCAGCCUAGGCAGCAACCUACCACACCAACAGGACAAAGACAGCAGCAAGCCCAGCCUGUCCAACCAACACAGCAACCCCAGAGUAGAGCAACAGAAAAAGACAAGAAGAGUGACAUUAUAACUGACGACUUUGCCCCAAUGCCACUGGCAGCUCCACCUCUACGCCAACCUGCCAUGAAGGUUGUUGAAGAUGGAAUUUCUGUGUUUUCAGAUGACGAGGCCCUCUUUGGGAAGAAACCAACAGAUCCAAAGGAAGCUGAUUUAUGGGAUCGAGCUAAUAAGAUAUACAAGGACACAUUACCACUCCUCAGUGGAAGCAAGGAUAUGAUCAAGCAGGGUUACUUGUUACUUCGAGAUGCAGCUUACAUCAACCAAACCAAGUCCCAGGAGCUGACGGCAUACGCCUAUCUCUUUGGCAACCAUCUCCCAAUGAAUCUGACUGGUUCCAAAGACAUGUUCCAAAGACUUACUAACAAGGGUUACCCAAAGGGCCAAACGGGUUUGGGAUUUCUGUAUGCCAAUGGCAUAGUUUUCAACUCUAGCCAGGCUAAAGCGUUGGUCUAUUACACGUUUGCUGCCCUCGGUGGGGACCCGCAUGCCCAGAUGAUUUUGGGAUACCGUUAUUGGUCAGGUAUUGGUGUGAAUCAACACUGCGAGACAGCGCUGACAUACUACAGAAAAGUAGCCAACCGGGUGGCAGAUAAAGUAUCCCAUAGUGGUGGUAGUGUAGUCCAGCGUAUUCGUCUGUUUGAUGAAGAGGACAGUAGCGGACCUAAUGGAGGAACUCUAGAUGAAGACUUGAUCCAGUACUACCAGUUCCUGGCAGAUAAAGGAGAUACUCAGGCACAGGUUGGAUUGGGCCAGUUGAACUAUCAAGGAGGACGCGGUGUGAAUCAGAACCAUAUGAGAGCCUUUGAGUAUUUCACCCAGGCUGCAGAAGCUGGUGAUGCAACUGCACAGGCAUUCUUAGGAAAGAUGUACUCUGAAGGAAGCCCUAUUGUGAAGCAGAACAACCACACAGCUUUUCAGUAUUUCAAGAGAGCAGCUGAACAGAGUAACCCUGUUGGACAGAGCGGAUUAGGAUUGAUGUACAUGUAUGGAAGAGGAACUGACCAGGAUUAUGCUAAGGCCUUCCAGUAUUUCCAAGCUGCAGCUGAACAGGGUUGGGUCGAUGGACAACUACAACUUGGGACCAUGUUUUACAAUGGUCUUGGUGUCCAGCGCGACUACAAGAUGGCCGUCAAAUACUUCAAUUUGGCCUCCCAGUCCGGACACAUAUUGGGCUUCUACAACUUAGCACAGAUGCAUGCAACUGGAACAGGAGUUCUAAGAUCAUGUCAUACUGCUGUGGAGUUGUUCAAGAAUGUUGCGGAGAGAGGCGAGUGGUCUGAGAUGUUAAUGGAGGCGCACAGCUCAUACAAGGAUCAUGAUGACCACUCAGCGCUCAUGCAGUACUCAUUCGCUGCCGAGCUGGGCUAUGAAGUUGCUCAGAGUAACGUGGCAUUUAUCUUAGACCAAGGAGAAAAUUCUCUUUUUGGAGUGAAUGAAACCUACCAACGAGCUCUACUCCACUGGCAAAGAGCUGCAGCUCAAGGCUACACCAAUGCCAGAGUGAAGCUCGGUGAUUACCACUACUAUGGCUAUGGCACGGAUGUAGACUACGAGACUGCAGCAUUGCACUACAGGCUGGCGUGCGAGCAGCAGCACAGCGCCCAGGCUAUGUUCAAUCUAGGCUACAUGCACGAACAGGGACUUGGCAUGAAGAAGGAUAUCCACUUAGCCAAGAGAUUUUAUGACAUGGCUGCUGAGACCAGUACAGAUGCAUACAUCCCUGUCAUGAUCGCACUGUCCAAGCUGGCCAUGGUGUACUCAUGGGAGUAUUUUAAAGAAUUUGAGUAUGGGGAGCAGUUGAGCCAGCUGGACUUAGAGGCAAGGUUUGGACCUCAUUGGGAUAUGUACCUAGUCACCAUCCUACUGGGUAUCAACGUCAUGCUCGGACUCUUUGUUCUCGCAAGAAGAAACUACCUUUGAUGGCCUUCACAGCGGACUUCAGCAGCGAUUUGUUUUAUUUAUUUAUCUUCUUUUUUUCUUUUCUUUUUAUUUGACUUUUUUUUGCCAGGUUUUGCAGCUCAGUUCUGUUAUGAAAUUUGAUCUCGUUAAUUUUGGAAAGAGGUGAUGUGAGAUUGAUUCAGUAAUGUUAUAAUUUUACAGUGUUAGUUUUGUUUAUGUAUCAUGGAAUGUUUAAAAAACUGUCUUUAAUAUACCCACACAAAUUAUGGUUGUUUUAUGUGAUAAACAGUCUUCAUCUUCUAAUUUGUUAUCUUUUAAACAAAAAUAUACAAGAAAAGUAUAACCAGCAUGGUCUUAAUCCCUUGUUACUGAAACAGUAAAACCCUAUGUGUGGAUGUGUGUAAGUCCACAUAGUGUUUCUGCCUUGUGGACCUCUUUUGUUCCCAAGCCCACACUUCGUAUGUUAUGCUUGCGCACUGAGUGAGGGGAUCAUUUUGUUUUGUGUAUAAGCGCAUGGCUAUGAGAAGAAAGUUAACUCAUUUUGUUGAACAGGCGCUUUGUUUGUCAUCAGCAGAAGCGUAAACUUUUAGUUCUUUUUAGAACCACACACUCACCCCAUCUUUGCAAACCUUCAAAGCAUUCCAGAAAUGCACUUCUUAAUCACAGUCACUGUUUCAGUUUGGUGUGGGCCUAAUUUCAGAAAGCUGUUGAGCAUAGUGCUUAGCAAAUUUCUAUGUCAAGCAAUAAUGUUACAGGGCUCCGGCCACAACACUAUUAGUUUUAGGGCAAUUUGGCUAAUAACCUGUUUCCGCUAUUAAUCUAUCUAAGAAAAGGGGGGGGGGGGCAAGCAAGACUCGAGCACGUAUCAUCCUAUCGACAUCAUCAUCUAAGGAUGUGGACAUAUUUGACUGUCUUAUACACUCGAUUCCAACCAGUCGGAUAGCACAUCUGGGCCUCCGUAUGAGUUGGAAGGUCUUGAUUGUGUUGUUUUUGUUUGGUGACAUUGGCACAUGUUGGGUGUCGUGGCCAAGGACAGCAGUCUGGAGGGGUGGACUCGCGCUCUGUAAUUUACAGGUGUGGGUUUGAAUCCUGGCCUGGUCAGUCGCGAGUGUAUGCUUGAGCAUGGGAAUUUAUCAUGUAAUUGCUUCUCUGCACCCAGGAGUACACAAAUGGGUACCAGCUAAAGCUGAAGGGGGGGGGGGGUAUACUGCGAUGGACUGGCAUCCUGUUCGAUGAGUCAUAUGUAAUAGACCGAUCCAUUAAG